CCAUUCCAGACCAAUUUUGGCAAGUGGUAUCAAAGUCCCUUUUAGGUUCAAAAGUUUUAAUAAUCAAAAUAAUUUUUUCAACUUGAAUUCAAAUUAUCUGAGUAUUGAUUUUCAAGAAGUGUACUGUAGUAAAAGAAUAAAUCAAGUCCUUAUAGGUUCGUAUAAUAUUACUUUUUCUUUUUUUAGCUAUAGGAUGAACAUAUUAAAAAGCUGAAAAGAAAUUAAAGUAAAAACAAAAACAGCAAGAGAGAAAAUUACUCUUGUACCCUAGUUCCAUUCAUCUCCCUAUAUUCUCUCUAUUAUAUAUAUAUAUAUGUGCACCACUAGAGGAUAAGAGAAGUGUACCACCCUCGCCUCCACCAGAUUUCAGCACAUCUGAGAGCAAAUCUAAAUAUUUUUAUUUUUAGAAAUGGCUACAACUCCGGGGUUGCUCACUGACUGGCCAUGGACUCCCCUUGGAAGUUUUAAGUACGUGGUGUUGGCGCCAUGGGUGGUUCAUAGCAUUUACUCAUUCGUGGCCAAAGAUGAAAGCCAAAGGGACCUUGGGAACUUGCUCGUAUUCCCGGUGCUGCUGUGGAGGGCCCUUCACAACCAAAUCUGGAUUUCCAUUUCUCGGCAUCGAACUGCAAAUGGCAAAAAUCGGAUUGUUGACAAACCCAUUGAAUUCGAUCAAGUCGACCGUGAAAGCAAUUGGGAUGACCAAAUAAUACUGAACGGAGUCCUAUUCUACAUAUUCACCACGACCGUUUCGCAAGCUUCCCGGCUGCCGUGGUGGAGAACCGACGGCGUGAUCAUCACCGCCUUGCUUCACGCCGGUCCGGUCGAGUUUCUGUACUAUUGGUUGCACAGAGCCUUGCACCACCAUUUCCUCUACUCUCGUUACCAUUCUCACCACCAUUCGUCAAUCGUCACCGAACCCAUAUCAUCUGUAAUUCAUCCAUUUGCGGAGCACAUAUCAUAUUUCCUGCUGUUUGCAAUACCAACGUUAACAACAGUACUAAAUGGAACUGCAUCAUUGGUAUCCAUCGUUGGGUACAUCACAUUCGUGGAUCUGAUGAACAAUAUGGGUCACUGCAACUUUGAGCUCAUUCCCAACCAACUCUUCUCCAUUUUCCCGCUCCUCAAGUACCUCAUGUAUACCCCAACAUACCAUUCACUACACCACACCCAAUUCCGGACAAAUUACGCACUGUUCAUGCCAAUGUACGACUACAUUUAUGGAACCAUGGACAAAUCAACCGAUUCACUGUAUGAAUCAUCUCUGAAACGACAAGAAGAUGCAGCUGACGUGGUACAUUUGACCCAUCUAACCACCCCAGAAUCCAUCUAUCACCUUCGUCUAGGGUUUGCCCACGUUGCCUCCAAACCUCAACUUGAAGAUGAUUCUUCUCCCUGGUACUUUUGGUUCAUGCGGCCCGUCACUUUUCUCUCCAUGAUCAUCAAUUAUGUCUAUGGAAACACAUUCAUCUUAGAGAGGAAUGCCUUUGACAAACUUAAAUUACAAAUUUGGGCUAUCCCAAGGUACAACCUGCAGUACUUGGUUAAAUGGCAGUCUGAAGCAAUUAAUGGCCUAAUUGAGAAGGCUAUACUUGAUGCAGAUGAAAAAGGAACUAAAGUUUUGAGUCUUGGUCUUCUCAAUCAGGGGGAUCGUAACAAAAAUGGGGAGUUAUUUGUGCAAAAAUAUCCCAAGCUGAAAGUGAGAGUAGUAGAUGGAAGUAGCUUGGCUGUUGCCAUUGUCCUAAACAGCAUUCCUAAAGGAACAACAGGUGUUCUCCUUAGAGGCAAUCUCAACAAAGUUGCCCAUUCCAUUGUUUUUGCUUUGUGCCAAAAGGGCGUGCAGGUGACUAUCCCAUCCGAAUAUAAAUAUGAGAAGCUCAAACUAAUGGCAGGACCUGAAAGCAACAACAACCUAGUAUACUCCAAAAGCAUUGCUCACAAGAUAUGGUUAGUUGGAGAUGGAUCAACAGAAGAAGAUCAGCUCAAUGCACCUAAAGGGACUAUCUUCAUUCCAUUUGGUCAAUUUCCUCCAAAGAAACUCCGCAAUGACUGCUUAUAUCAUAAUACUCCAGCAAUGCUGGCCCCCUUCUCCCUUCAAAACCUUGAUUCUUGUGAGAAUUGGUUGCCAAGAAGGGCGUUGAGUGCAGCACGAGUUGCGGGCGUUUUGCAUGGAAUAGAAGGAUGGAAUGUGAAUGAGUGCGGAGAAGAGAUGUUCGAUGUUGAUAAAGUUUGGGAAGCAAGCCUCAAACAUGGCUUUCGACCUUUGGAUCCAUCCUCCAUUUUGUAUUAGUGUAGUAAUUAAAAUAAUUCAGUGAGCUACGUACGAGCUCAUUUGUUGUUUUGGAGACUGAAUUAAUGCAUAAUUAGCGUUUGAGACAAACAAUUGUCUUUUAAUGUCAAGUUACAAGCCGUUGUAGUUUAUGCUUCCAUUCGAAAAAGUUGCUAAUUUUUUUUUUUUUUUUGACAAACAAGUUGCUAAUUCAAACGACUGCAUAAU